CUUCAACCUCUAUUCUUGCAAGGUGCUCGUUAUCUUAUAAUCCUCUAUCUGUUUAAGUGACGAAAAAUCUAUCUAAUUCUCCUACCGCUAUCAUGGCAUCUCCAGCAGAUAUUGUGGCCUCAAUGAGGAGUCUAGAUCUUAGUCCCUCUCCACAUCUUUCAAACCCGAAGGCCGAGUUAAACAAGACGAACACGAAGGCUGCUAAUUCUCAAUCCAAACUCAACCCCCAGAUUUUCAAAACAAAUCCGAUCAAUGUCCCAAAUAGGCCUUCAAGAUCUCAAUCGUCAAAGUCCCAACCGUCGAAAUCUCAACCGAAGUGUCCACUGGCCUUCCCGGUAUAUACUCCUUUGAGGCCACUACCCAAGAUCGCAGAUGGGGGAAAGGCGAUACAGUUUCAAGCGAGAGCUGAGCUUGGUGCCACCCCUGCAUCGCCCAGGGAGAUUAAGAGAAAUCCACGAAACUAUACCAAGAGAUCGAACUCGGCUGCUAUUGCAACUCAACCAGUACCCAGUGCGGCUCCCUUGUCGAGUCGGCCGCUAUCGAGUCCAGUACAGCCCAAACCCCAAGCAACAUCACCGCUCCAGGGAUUGACUGAGGAAUUCCCUCAGCAGACCUUCAGAUAUGUCGUUCAAGUUUCAGGGGACUCGGACAGUUUGGAGGGCAUCGUCGGAGUGUAUAGCGAGCUUGAGAGAGCGAAUGAAUGUGCAAAAGGAUAUGUUGGGAGGUGGGGAGUUGGGAAGAGCGAGAUUGUAGAUAUCCAGAGCAGUUUUGGGCAUAGAUCCAAGGUGAUGAGGAGGAGUUGGAAGAAUGGGACGAGUGAGAUUAGAGUUGACGGGGCGUGGGUUAAGGUCUUGCCUAAGGAAUUCACAGCUCUAGAAGAAGGAGAUGAUAAAAUGUAUCUGGCAGUUGAUAGGAGUGGUAGUGGGUUGUUUGUUAUUGGUAUUUUUUCCAAACAAGAACCCGCGGGGGAAGCAUGUGAGAAAUAUCGAGACCAGUUGGCUUAUUGCUCUGCGCUUGAGGAGAAGGAGCAAUGGUUUGAUGGGCAGGGGAUCUUCCAUUCGAAGGGGAAGAUUGGUGGUAAGGGCCACCAUUGGUUUGUGGUGGAGUAUCCCUUAGAUGGGAAGGUGAAGUGAUGAGGUCCUGCAAGCCGGCUAUCAGAGGUUCAAAAUAAUAAUUGGGCAUAGUUGCAGACAGAUUGGCAUAGAUCGACCGAGACUUUUCAAAGUUCAAACGCAACCAAUUUCGCUUUCUACAGGAAACAUU